AUGAAUGAACCUACCAGUUCUUCUAGUACCUCAAACGACCGAACGAAAAAGAAAUCUGAAUCGAGCAAAUGCUUCUAUGCAUUCAGAACGGGUUUGCCCGAUAACAGUGAAAUUCAAGGAAACCACGACUUACUCACCGCCUAUGGUCUUGGCCCUGUAGAACGAGCUUUCAAUGGUACUCGUCGUGUCAAAGAGAAAAUGUCGGCUUUUCUACCACAUGUGAUAGGAGAGUUACAUUUGGAUGCCACUAAAGAAGCUAGUUCGCUGAGGGCACUUAUUGAAAAGCCACCGAUUCACAAAGAGAUAUCAAAUCUUUCAAGUUCAGCAAUGCAAGGUUUCAAGUUAUCGGCUGGUCCGGUGGACGAAAGAGAUUCUCCUCUCGCGAAGAAGAAGCGGAUGGGCUCUCGAAAGUUUGCCGAGAAUGUGCCCGAUGUUUCAACCGACGAUGUAGAAAAAUCGGAAAACUGGAAUAAUUCUUACGAAUUGUUAUCGUGGAUGAGAAACGAUGAGAUCGGAUCUGAUGCCGUUAUGGAAGGACCGUUCGGACCAAGAAAAGUUGUGUACUGCGAUUACACAGCAAGUGCUCGAUCGUUUUCUUCUAUCGAAAAAUAUAUCCAAUCAGAAGUUCUACCAUUCUAUGGAAAUACUCAUAGUUCAGUGACUGUUACAGCGGAACAGACGACAUUGUUCAUGCAUGAAGCGAAACAAGAAAUUAGAGCUAUGAGUGGAUGUGGAGAUCAGGAUUCUGUAAUUUUCACCGGAAGUGGAUCGACUUGUGCUGUUGAGCUUCUUGUUCAUUUGUUGCAAUCUGAAGCGGGAAACGAAGAUGUUGUGGUUAUCCAUUCGAUUCAAGAACAUCAUAGUAAUCUACUUCCCUGGAGGAAGCUAGCUAAAGAGAUGCGUAGUGUAGAAGAGCUAGAAAGCGGACACGUGGAUUUAGACAACUUGAAAGCUGUCCUAAAAGAAGUAAGAGAGAAUCAUGGAGACAUCAAAAUUAUUGGAGCAUUCUGCGCAUGUUCAAAUCUCACUGGAGUCCUUAUUGAUGUUCAAAGUGUAACGAAAAUUCUCAAAAGCUGUAAUGCAAUUUCUAUAUGGGACUAUGCAUCAGCUGCUCCAUAUAUUCCAAUCACAUUCAACGGAGAAACUCCACUAGAUGCUCUAUUCUUCUCCGGUCAUAAACUUCCAGGAGGUGUCAGCUCACCUGGUGUUCUGAUUGUCAAAAAAUAUUUAAUUCAAGCUACAAAACCAAAGAGAAUCGGUGGUGGAACAGUCUUCUUUGUCAAUGAUUCUGAUGAAUGGUUUUUGAAAGAAGUGGAACAUCGUGAAGAAGGAGGAACAGCUGAUGCUGUAGGUGCAGUCAGAUUGGCGAUGGCGGUUAAAAUGAAAAGAGCUGUUGGCGAAGAAACAAUCAAACAAUUAGAGGAAACUAUUUCAAGACGAGUCUUCAAAAGUUUCAAUAAAACUAACAACUUGGUUCUUCUCGGACCGUCUACAGUUGAAGGUCGUCUUCCUGUUCUUUCAUUCUUGAUUCGAUCCCCAAACAGCAAUCUCUUCUUCCAUCAUAACUACAUUUCGGUUCUUCUCAAUGAUUUAUUCGGAAUUCAAACGAGAGCUGGAUGCAUGUGUGCUGGACCUUAUGCUCAAAAACUGUUGGGAGUUGAUGAAGAAUUAUCACGAGAAUUUGUUAACGCUAUUCAAGAAUCGCCUGAUUUGGACCGUACUCAUCUCCGUAGACAGGCAGAGUACUCUCAACAAGAGUUCUUGCGUCCAGGAUUCACUCGGAUAUCCUUUCCGUACUUUUUCACCAUGCAACAAGUUGACGAUAUUGUUUCAGCCGUCGAAUUUGUCGCCGAACACGCUUCCGAUUUCCUUCACUUGUACCAAGUGAACACUGAGACCGGAGAAUGGCAUCAUCAAAACCAACGCGUCUUUCACGGACGACGAUGGCUGGGAUAUAUUCAAUUCACUCCUAGCGGUUUAAAAACGAAAGCUAAGAUUGUUCCAGAUGUUACUGAUAUGAAUACGUGUCUCCGUUUAGCACAAACGUUGGCACUGGAAGCAUCCCAAUCAAUAAACCUCUCUAAAAUUCCCGAUGGAAGAGUCGCUGUGAACGAAAAGUUUCAGAGGCUUCGAUGGUUUGUUCUUCCAAUCGAGAAACAGUCACUUCAAGGCACAGUUUUCAUCCCCAGAAAAUACUCAGACGUUCCAGUCAAACAGAUCCCGGAGAUAUUGGGCAAACUAGAUGAGAUCCCAAAGCCUUCUGAGAAUGACGCCAAAGAAGAGUCAACUUGCCAAGUUAUCUGUGAUGACGUAGUUUGCCUUCUAAAAUGCGACGAUCAAUCUACGAAGGCAGGCGCCACUGAAAACGUGGGGGUAGAUGAAAGUGAAGCUGAAGAUGUGAAACAGAUGGAAGAUUGGAACAAAAGAGUUAUUGUGAAACGAAUUGAGAAUUUGAGAAAAGAAGAAGAAAGAAAACAAGAAUGGCAGAUUCCUCCACUGGAAAUGUACAAGAAAGUCACCGAUGUCAUUCAUCAAUUGAAAAUGAUUAGAAAUGGUGACAAAGUUCUAGUUUGCCUGUCAGGCGGAAAGGACUCCUUAUCCCUUCUUCACAUUUUAAGGCAUUAUCAACAGAGGUGCAACAAAGCUAGAAGCACUUCCUUCCAGCUUGGAGCAAUCACUGUUGAUCCUGGAUCCGCCGAAUUCAAUCCAAGACCGCUUAUUGAGUACUGUAGAAAACUAAACAUCGACUACUUCUACGAGGAGCAAGAUAUCAUCGGAGCUGCUAUGAAAACACCGGGACUACGGUCGAUUUGUGCAUUCUGUAGCCGGAUGAAACGGGGAAGACUUGCGGCGGCUGCUCAAUUCCAUGGAUGGAAUGUGCUCGCAAUGGGUCAACACUUGGAUGAUUUAGCUGAGAGUUUUUUCAUUGCUGCAUUCCAGAAUGGAAAUUUGAGUACAAUGAAAGCACAGUAUACUACAAAAGAUAAUCAGCUAAGAGUAAUCCGGCCAUUGAUCAUGGUUCGUGAGAAGGCGCUUCGUAACUUUGCGGAAGAAAAGAUGUUUUCAGAACUUCCUGUUGUAGCUGAAAAUUGCCCAGCUUGUUUCAAUCAAGCAACAGAAAGACAUCGUAUCAAACAACUGCUAGCCCAACAGGAACUAAUAUUCCCAGAUCUUUUCAAUUCGUUAAGAUCUGCUCUGAAGCCUCUGUUGUUGGUUGUUUCUGCACAUACAAGUGAAAUGCGCACCCAAGCUGUUCAGAAUAUCGUAAAUUCAUCGUGA